AUGAGUGCCCGUUUAUUGAUAACUAAUGCUCGACAAAUUGUGCAAAUCACAGAAAGUGCUGAUAUUCGUUUCUUGAAAGGCAUUGACGCUGAUAGGAUUAAAAUUCUUGAAGAUAACGAUGCUCGUCUUGCAUUGUUGAUCAGUGAUGGCAUCAUUGCAGAUCUUGGAUUAUUUAAAGAAGUGAAAGAGCGCAAUGAUCUGUCCGAUGUUGAAAUAAUCGACGCUCAAAAGGGAGUCAUUCUACCGGGUCUUGUCGACGCUCAUUCACAUCCAGUUUUUGCUGGUGAUCGUGUGCAUGAGUUUGCAAUGAAGUUAGCUGGUGCAACUUACUUGGAGGUUCAAGCAGCAGGUGGAGGGAUUCAUUUCACGACUAGUGCUACUCGAGCUGCUACUGAAAACGAUCUUUAUCAAGACUUCAAAAAAAUCGCUAACCAAAUGCUAGCAUCUGGUACAACAACACUUGAAGCAAAAAGUGGAUAUGGAUUGGAAACAAGCACUGAAAUGAAAAUGCUAAAAGUGUUAGAGAGAGUGAAUCGCGAGGGUCCAUUGGAGAUUUCGGGAACAUUUUGCGGUGCUCAUGCAGUUCCUAGAGGCACCGACGAGCACACACAAACUCAUCUCAUAGCUGGGGAAAUGCUAGAUUUAAUUCGAAAAUGUAAAGAAAAUGGUGAAUUGAAAUGCGUUGAAAAUAUCGAUGUUUUUUGUGAGAAAGGGAAUUUCAAUGUUGAAAACACAGAACGCAUUCUAUUAGCCGGUGCAAAGAUGGGGCUUAAAGGAAAUUUUCAUGCCGAAGAAUUGAGCUGUCUGCAUAGCGCUGAAAUGGGAGCUCGUCUUCAAGUACAAGCGAUGUCUCAUUUAGAAGAGAUUUCAGAUGAUGGAAUUAAACAAAUGGCUCAAUCAGGAUCAGUGGCAGUGCUUCUUCCGUCAACUGCUUUCCUAUUGAGACUUACGCCACCACCUGCUCGUAAAAUGAUUAAUGAAGGCGUUAUUGUGGCUUUAGGUUCUGAUUUUAACCCAAAUGCUUGGUGUCCAGCGAUGGCAGCGAUCAUGCAUAUGGCUUGUGUGACAAUGAGACUCUCACUUGCGGAGGCUUUAUCAGCUGCAACUAUCAAUUCAGCUCAUUCGAUUGGAAGAGGUGCUACUCACGGUUCUCUUCAUAAAGGUCGAGUCGGCGAUCUUCUCAUUCUCAAAGUACCCAAAUGGGAGCACCUUAUUUAUAGAUUUGCCGCGCACAAUACAAUCAUUUCUCAUGUUGUAAAACGAGGAAACAUUGUUUACAAGAAUGAAAAUGUA